AUGACUAGCAAUUUCUUCAAUGAAACAAUUACGAAAAGAAAAGCUAAAGGUGUGGAGAGGCAGCAGAACAUAAAAUUUGAAUAUAUAAAAUUUCAAUUCAGAGGAUAUGUAGCCAUUGAUUUGACACAGAUUAGCCGUGGAAAAGAUGUACAAAGAGACGAAUCUGCAACACUAAACGGCUUUGCAUCAUUGGUAAACCCAGCAAUUAGUGUUGAUAUUGAGAUCCUGCGUGAUUGCUAUGAAUCCUUUGCCAUGUAUUGCUUUGGGAGAUAUCUUGUUGCAUGUUUAGGCGGAGAAGAAAGGACAAUUGCAUUUAUGAAGAGGGAAGGAUGCAUAAGUGCGAAAACACCCUUAUUAGAUCAUGGGUCUGAAAGGGGAAUUGUAAAGCACCACUUUCCGAUGAAUCUUAUUUUAAAGCCUUGGAAAUUGGGUCAAUGGGUAUACCAAGUUAUCAAGUUUGGUAUUGUUCAAUACGUGAUUAUAAAAGCAGUUACUGCUAUUUUGGCAGUGAUUCUUGAAGCCUUUGGUGUAUAUUGUGAAGGAGACUUCAAAUGGAAUUGUGGGUACCCUUACAUGGCUGUGGUGUUAAAUUUCAGUCAGUCAUGGGCUUUGUAUUGCUUAGUUCAAUUUUAUACCAUCACAAAAUAUGAAUUAUCACACAUUAAUCCGCUAUACAAGUUCUUGACAUUUAAGUCUAUUGUGUUUCUAACUUGGUGGCAAGGUGUGGCUAUAGCCCUUCUCUACACCCUUGGUUUAUUUAAAAGUCCAAUAGCUCAAGCACUGCAAUUUAAGUCAAGUGUUCAGGACUUCAUCAUCUGUAUUGAGAUGGGAAUUGCUUCUGUGGUUCACCUAUAUGUGUUUCCUGCAAAGCCCUAUGAGUUAAUGGGGGAUCACUUUUCUGGAAGAGUUUCAGUUCUUGGAGAUUAUGCAUCUGUAGAUUGCCCUCUAGAUCCUGAUGAGGUUAGGGACAGUGAGCGUCCCACAAAAGUACGUCUUCCUCAACCUGAUUUUGAUAUUAGGAGUGGAAUGACCAUCAGAGAAAGUGUACGGGACGUCUUCGUCGGCGGGGGUGAAUAUAUUGUAAAUGAUUUGAAGUUUACAGUCACUCUAGCAGUAGAACCUGUGGAGAAAGGAAUCAACAAGUUCAAUCAGAAAUUGCACAACAUCUCUCAGAACAUAAAGAGGCAUGACAAGAGUAGGAGAACAAAGGAUGACGGUUGCAUAGCUAAGACUUUACCAACACACAGAGUGAUCCGAGGAAUAGAUGAUCCUCUCUUAAAUGGAAGUCUCAGCGACAGUGUCAGUUCAAGGAGAAAGAAGCAUCGUCGAAAAUCAGGGUAUACCAGUGCUGAAAGUGGUGGAGAGAGUAGCAGUGAUCAGACCUUUGGAGUGCUCAAAUCCGCACUCUCCAAUGCUGCUUUACGAAGAAUACCUUUGACAACAAGUGAAUCAGAAACUGCAAUUCGUGAUAUGGCACUGUUGCUCUUCCAAGCCCAACAACUCCACUAUGACAGUGCAAGCAUGAUCAUGGGACUGAAAGAAAAGAUCCAGGUUCUUGAAGAACAAAUAAAUUCUAUUAAUGAGAAGAGUUCAAAGAAUGGACAAAUAGCUGCUGAAGAAGUUCCUAAGAGUUUGUAUUGCCUUGGUGUUCGGUUAACCACUGAAUGGUUCAAGAACUCAAAUUUACAGAGAAAACUCGAGGAGAGAAGGCAAACUGCUAUAAAACUCCAAGAUAAUAACCUCUAUCAUUUCUGCAUCUUCUCCAACAACGUCCUUGCAACUUCAGUCGUGGUAAAUUCAACAGCGCGUAAUUCCAAAAAUCCCGAGAAUGUAGUGUUCCAUAUCGUAACUGAUGAGGAAGACUUUAGCUGGUUGAAUGCCUCUUAUGUUCCCGUUCUUAAGCAACUUCAAGACUCGGACACCCAAAACUACUAUUUUUCUGGUAGUGGUGGUGAUGACCAUACUCCACUCAAGUUCUGGAAUCCUAAAUAUUUAUCCAUGCUUAACCACCUCAGGUUCUAUAUUCCUGAAGUUUUUCCUGCAGCGGAGAAAGUAGUUUUUCUUGAUGAUGACGUUGUAGUUCAGAAGGAUCCGUCAUCUCUGUUCUCCAUAGAUCUGAAUGGAAAUGUUAAUGGUGCAGUCGAGACAUGCAGGUGGAGGAAAAGGAGUGUCACAGGCUAUUGGCAGGAAAAGAAUGUGGACAGGACCUUAUGGAAACUUGGCACCCUGCCUCCGGGAUUGUUAACUUUCUACGGAUUGACAGAGCCAUUAAAUCCAUCGUGGCAUGUGUUAGGUCUCGGAUACACAGAUGUCGAUCCUCAGUUGAUCAAGAAGGGUGUUGUGCUGCAUUAUAAUGGGAAUUCGAAACCGUGGUUAAAGAUUGGGAUGGAAAAGUAUAAACCCCUUUGGGAUAAAUAUGUGGAUUAUAGUCAUCCUCUAUUACAGCAGUGCAAUGCUCACUAA